GUUUUAGAAGGGAUGCCUGACGAUGGCGUACAGAUAGCUAAUUAUGAUGAAAAUACGAUGAUUAAUCAAGGAACCUCUGAUUUGCCCCUUCCUCAGUUGACUUUCCAUCGCGUACAUGGGUCAAAUAUCACAAUAUCGUGUGGUGGGCGGAUAGCGAAAAGAACUGAAUCUUUUUGUAAAGGAUUGGCUUUUAGCAGCAGGCCGAUUCAGGUAGAUGAAAAUGUGUGUAUACGUUUCUCAGAAGUGGUAACAAAUUGGUCAGGUGUUCUUCGAUUUGGUGUUACAAAUAUUGAUCCAGAAUCAUUUCGAGGGACUGAGCUUCCAAAAUUUGCUUGCCCUGAUUUAACUAGUAAGGAAGGGUAUUGGGCAAAGGCACUUCCAGAGAGAUAUUCUGUUGAAGGAUCUAUUUUACAUUUUUUUGUUAAUAUUGAGGGUGAACUUUAUUACGGUAUUAAUGGAGUUUUGAAAGGACUUUUUUUGAGUGGUAUUAACGUUGCUUUGCCAAUAUGGAUUAUUGUUGAUAUCUACGGAAAUAGUUCAGCUUUAGAAUUUAUAGGUAAUUUUUUAAUGUUAUCAGAAACACUUAAGCAGCUUUGGCUUCCGAAUCCUAAUGAAGUGAGGUUUCGUUCAGCCACUAGGAGUACAAAAAAUCGUACGAGUGCUGCACCUCUUCUGAAAUCACAGGUGCUUGCUAAUGCUAACUAUCGAGCAAGACCUUCAAGUUUCCCAUUAUCGAGGUACCACGCUGGCGUUCAGUUCACGUCGUUUUCGUUUCAUUCAGUGCACGGAACAAACAUAAGUUUGUCAAACAAUUAUACUGUUGCUGAAAGGGAUGCAGCAGAAUAUGCCUGUGGUUACGUUUUCACUCAUCGUCCGUUGAACUUCAAUGAAAAGAUUGUAAUUCAGAUCUUGGAAACAGAGAACGCGUACAGUGGCAGUUUAGCUUUUGGGGUUACGUCUUGUGACCCGAUCACAAUUCCUACCUCUUCUCUGCCACUGGACAGUGACGAGUUAUUGAAUCGUCCUGAAUACUGGGUUGGAAUUAAGGAUGUUGCUGCUCAACCAAAAGUUCUAGAUGAGCUUUCUUUCUGGAUUACCGACAAAGGUGAAGUUUACAUGGCGAAGAACAACCUGGCUGCGCGUGUGAUAAUUUAUGUUGAUACCACGGUUAAACUGUGGGCUUUUUUUGACGUUUAUGGGACGACGCAGAAGAUUCGGUUGUUAGGUGACUUUUUAUUAACUGAGGAACUUUUUUGUUAUUUUUAG